UACUACUACUACUACUACUACUACUACUACUACUACUACUACUACUGCUGCUACUACUGCUGCUGCUGCUACUUAAAGAGACGCGCAAGAGGCAUAACGAAACAGGGUAAGAAGAGGACCGACCACUCCUCCUCCUCCUCCUCCUCCUCCUCCUCCUCCUCCUCCUCUUCUCCCAGGACUUCAACCAUCAUGCUGCUAGAACCACCACCACCACCACCACCACCACAAGAAUCAAAGAAAACGGCGCUGGACGAGAAAUAUGAAGGGAUGACUGAACCAAACCACAAUUGUUACUCAGAAAACGGUAAUAUCGCGUCAAAUACUCACAAAUCUCAAACACCCCCGCUCCUGCAGCCACCCAGGGACACCCACACGCCCUCACGCCGCCUGGGGGAGCUGCUGAAGGGCAUCAAUGUACCAGGGGACAGCGAGACAGCCCCUGAGGAACCCCCGUGGCUGGAUAAACACUUAUUUGAAACAGGAAGGCGAUUUUAUAAGAAGUUUCUAUUCUGCCUAAACUUCUCCGAGCUUCUGACCUUAGUGCUGGUGCUGUGUCAAGGUCGUGUGCUGAAGCCCUUAGUGUUUACGGGAAGGUCAGACACCCCAGCCGUUGCCCGCAGGAGAUACUUCUCGACCCUCCUCCAUUUAAUAUCGUGGUUUGAAGGGGAUGUUUGGGACAAGACAGCGCCAUCCCACAAGGACCUCAUGGGUGUGCGGAGGACUCAUCUACGCUAUGGCAAGUCCUUCAACUCCCCAGGGAUGCGAGAGAAGGUCCUGCGGGUGUCUGUGGAGGACCGCGGCCACCCCAAAUCUAAUAAGGGAAUUGAACCCUCUAUAGACACCACAAAGAGAAUCCAAACCCUUACGGAGGCGUCUGAAGAGGAUUCUACAGUCUUUAUUAGCCAGUUGGACAUGGCGUUGACUCAGUACUCCUUCAUGGGGCUUAUUUUAGCUCACCCGGGCCAGCUGGGGGCGGCGGCGGCCACUGAGGAGGAGUUUAAGGGAUUGGUGCACUUUUGGCGUGGAUUGGGCUGGCUACUUGGCAUCAAAGACCAGUUCAAUUUCUGCUCAGGCUCCGUGGAGGAAACCAGAGAGCUGUGCCUGGAGGUGGAGCGGCACAUCUUCCUCCCUCGACUGUCAGAGGCCAACUGGGACUAUGAGCACAUGGUGGACUGUCUCAUAAGCGGGAUUGGGCAGUUCCUCCCCAUGCUGUCCCUUCCUGCCAUGUUCAAGUACUUAUCCUACACCCUGGACAUCCCCACGCCCUCUCUCUCCCGCAGGAUGUCAUGGCGGCACGUCCUACAGUACUGGAUGAUGCGGUUCACCUUCGGGGCCAUUUAUUAUUACCCAAAAUGCCUGGUGAAGUUAAAUGUUUGGUUCAGACGAGUGAUUCAUAAGGUGUUGGUGAAUGACAGGCUCAACUUGCUGGCAUACAGGAAGGGACAGGCUGACCUUGCUGUGCCCUUGAAGGAUUUUGAAGGAUACGGUGUCUCCAGAUGUCCUUUCAGUGUUGGGUAGUGGUGUGUAGGGUCUCUCUCUCUCUCUCUCUCUCUCUCUCUCUCUCUCUCUCUUUGGCCAGUGAUCUAGUCAUGUAUUUAAGACUUUUUGUGAAUAAAUGUAUUACUUUUGA